AUGAAGGCAGGAGUGAUUGAGCUAGGCUCGGGUUCAACUCCGAAAACCAGUGCAAGUCGAGGUGCAUCGAUACUCGAUUUUAUCUUGAGAAUUGUUGCGGUGAUUGGAACCUUGGGAAGUGCUAUUGCUAUGGGAACAACUAAUGAAACACUUCCCUUUUUAACCCAAUUUAUUCGAUUCCGCGCCAAAUAUGAUGAUCUUCCAAUGUUUACGUUUUUCGUGGUGGCAAAUUCCAUCGUGAGUGUGUAUCUACUACUUUCUCUUGCACUGUCCAUUUUCCACAUUAUAAGGAGUAAAGCACAAGUCAGCAGGAUUGUCUUGAUUUUCUUCGACACGGGAAUGCUGGCGCUUUUAACUGCUGCAGCAUCUGCAGCAGCAGCAAUUGUAUACUUAGCACACAAAGGAAAUACGAAGGCAAAUUGGGAUUCUUUUGUUCAUUCUCUUGAUCUUGCUUUCUUCUGUAACUCUCUCUCGGCGUUGAUGUCCGCCGUAGGCACCGGAUUGUUUUACAUGGUUUCAAGAAUUGUUGCUAUGGGGGAUAUUGGUUAG